AUGCAGGUUCCUGCUCUUCAGCAGAAGAGAACUGUAGCAUUUCUAAACCAGUUUGUGGUUCACACAGUGCAGUUUCUCAACCGCUUUUCUACUGUUUGUGAAGAGAAAUUGUCAGCGCUCUCUCUCCGUAUCCAGCAAAUUGAAACAACACUCAAUAUUUUGGAUGCAAAGUUAUCCUCUAUUCCUGGCCUAGAAGAUGUCAAAUUUGAAGUGUCCAGUGCAGAUAUGAAUAGUGUUACGAAUGGUCCGGUGGCACAAGCUACUACGGAUCAACAGACAGCUGUAUCGCCUCAAUCUGCACAGAACAAUAUACAUGAAGAAGGGUUACAGAAAACAGAGGUGGUAACAGAAAAUGUCAGAACUGUGGCCAAGGAUCCAAGAUACGCCAGAUAUCUCAAAAUGGUACAAGUGGGUGUUCCUGUAAUGGCAAUACGAAACAAAAUGAUUUCUGAAGGGCUAAAUCCAGAACUUCUUGAGACCCCAGAUGCCCCUGUGCCUGCCUGGGGAGAUGAUGGGAAAGCAGAAGACAGUUCUGAUAGCGAAUCUUCAUUUAGUGACUGAAGAAACUUGAUUUCGGCCUUGGGAAACCUCUGUUAAGUGCUAAUGUGUGUGGAGCUUUAGCAGACAAUGGUUUUGCGUGGGUCGCAUGGGUGACGCUGUUUAUCUGACAGUAUUUUUAAGAACUAAGAUCCUCCAUGUUCUCUCCCAGAAAGUUUGAACAAGCAGCGUGUCUCAACCUGAACCUUUCCA